AUUAGAGCUUGGAUUGAGUGUGGAAUGCCGGCGGCGAUGGAGGCCGGAAACCUGACGUCACUCCAACCGAGGUCGUACGACGUGCCGUGCCGCCGGGAGUUCGCGAACGUGCCGGUUGGAGCGGAUGAUGUGAGUGGAAGGUUCGGAGCCGACGACGUCAGCGGCGGAGGCUGUGAGGACAUGAGAGGAGGUGCCGAGUUGGUUCAAGUAAACUCAGCGGCGCCACCACCAGCCUGCUCUGUAGAUGGCGGCGGGGUGAUUUCGAGCUUUCCUAUUAGGCCUAGUGAGCUCACAGUUUCCUUCGAAGGCCAAAUCUAUGUUUUUCCUGCCGUUACUCCAGAUAAGUUGCAAGCUGUGCUUUUGCUUUUGGGAGGGAUUGAAACACCGGAAGAUGUUCCUAGUACGGAAUUUCAAUCACAACAAUGUAACAAGGUUUUGGAGGAUGCUUCUCCACUAGCAGUUUGUGCCUCUACAUUUCCGAAUGUUCCACGGAGAAUUGCCUCUCUUAUGAGGUUUCGCGAGAAGAGGAAAGAGAGAUGCUUUGAGAAAAAAAUUCGUUAUACUUGUCGGAAAGAGGUUGCUCAGAGAAUGCAUCGUAAAAAUGGGCAAUUUGCCUCUAUGAAGGAGAGCGACAAGACAUCUGUUGAUAUUUUUGAAUCACGUGAUGGCAUGCCUGGUUCCGAACCAGUUUUUGUUGACAGAUUGCGCAGCUGUCAACACUGUGGUGUGAGUGAAAAUGGCACACCUGCAAUGCGGCGGGGACCAGCUGGCCCAAGAACUCUCUGCAAUGCUUGUGGACUUGUGUGGGCUAACAAGGGUAUUUUAAGAGAUAUUUCCAAAGGAGGGAAGAAUAUAGCUUUCAGCAAAAGUGAUCCAGGAAAUCCUGACAUCAAGCUCUGCACCAUUGAAUCAGAGAAUUCCAAUCAAAAUCCAGAUGGAGAGGGAAGUCCCGAGGAAAUGAAGCCCAUGUUAAUGGGGAAUGAAAAUCCUUUUAUUGGACCUGCUGACCAGGACUUUAGGGAAGCUGCUGAAAAUUAUACUGAUGGGUCACCCAUCGGGUUAGGAAAUUCAUCAAUUAACCCUGAUGAAGAGGAAACCCUUGAUGAAUUUGCCAAUGCCUCUGGGUCAGAUUUUGAUAUUUCUACAAGCUUUGAUGACGAGGUCGACAUUCAGUCACAUAUGGGCACUGACUGGCCUGGAAGACUCCUGAAGGUCAUUUUGCUCGGGGAAAUCUUUGUUUUGUACAGUAAUGUGAAUGUUACUAAUACUACAUGUACUCCUUAUUUUAUGAACAAUACUGGUCAAUUUUAAUGGGGUCUAUUUAACAUAAAUUAACUCUACAAAUAA